AUCAUCACGUGAAUCCCCAAUAAUUCUCAAGCACUUGAUUGUGGGGUCAUUUAGCCACCCCUUCCUCUUUUGUUCUCUUCCCUAACUCCAACUCUCAGGAAUCUCUAAUUCUCCCUUCCUCUUCUUCCUCUUUUUCACUCUUUCUUCAUCAUCUUCAACAAUGGCGAAACAACUUUUAUCUUUUCAUCAUCUUCUCCUUGUUGUUUUUCUUCUUAGUGUUGCAGCCAAAGGGGUUCAUUGUUUUCAAGAGAAGAAAUAUUAUAACCUCCUAAGUCUUCAAUGGCAGCAACACCAGAGUGGAGAACUCUCAAGUUGUCUCUCUCAGAAAUCAAGAUCUGUGAAAGGGGCAACAAUUUUAGAAAUGAAGCAUAGAGCCUACUGUUCCGGAAAAAUCACAAACUGGAACAAGAAGCAACAAAAACUUCUAGCCCUGGAUGUUUUACAUGUCAAAUAUCUUCAGUCCAGGAUCAAAACCCUUCAUUCUGUCAACAAAAAUGGAGUAUCCGACACUCAAAUCCCUUUAACUUCCGGCAUAAAACUAGAGACUCUAAACUACAUCGUCACAGUCGAGGUAGGUGGUCGAAAAAUGACUGUAAUUGUUGACACCGGAAGUGACCUAACAUGGGUUCAAUGCCAGCCCUGCAAAUUAUGCUACAACCAACAAGAUCCUCUCUUCAACCCCUCAGUCUCUCCUUCAUAUAAACAAAUUUUAUGCAACUCUUCCACUUGUAAAUCCCUGGAAGUCGCCACAGGAAAUUCUGGAGUAUGCGGGGCCAAUCCUCCAACCUGUAACUAUUAUGUUAUUUAUGGGGACGGGUCCUACAGUCGAGGCGAACUAGCCCGUGAAAGUCUCAAUCUUGGGACCACUGCUGUGAAAGAUUUUGUGUUCGGUUGUGGAAGAAAUAAUCGUGGUUUGUUUGGAGGGGCUUCAGGCCUGCUCGGCUUUGGAAGGAGUGAUAUCUCAUUGGUGUCUCAAACUUCAUCAAUUUUCGGAGGACUUUUCUCCUAUUGUUUACCUUCAACGGAAGCUGGAGCUUCAGGAUCACUAAUUCUUGGGAGAAAUUACUCGGUUUACAGGAACUCAACUCCGUUCUCAUACACCAGGAUGAUUCCAAAUCCCCAACUGACUACAUUUUAUUUCCUGAAUCUUACAAGUAUCAGCAUUGGCGGGGUGGCAUUGCAGGAUCCAGGUUUUGGGAAAUUUCCAGGGAUUUUGAUUGAUUCCGGGACUGUUAUUUCCAGGCUUCCGCCUGGAAUUUACAGGGCCCUGAAGGCGGAAUUUUCGAAGCAAUUUUCAGAGUAUCCUUCAGCUCCAGGAUAUUCCAUCCUGGAUACAUGUUACAAUCUCAGUAGCUACGAGGAAGUGAAUGUUCCGAUAAUGAAAUUCCAAUUUGAGGGAAAUUCGGCCCUCCAAGUUGAUGUACGUGGAAUGUUCUAUUUUGUAAAAUCGGAUGCAUCACAGGUGUGUUUGGCUCUGGCGAGUCUUUCGUUUGAAGAUGAAAUCGCGAUUAUUGGGAAUUAUCAGCAGAGGAACCAGAGGGUUAUUUAUGAUACAAAGGAAUCGAAGGUUGGAUUUGCAGCAGAAACUUGCAGUUCAAUGUGAGAGGGAAAAUCGAAUUUGAGAGAAAUAGUUGCUUGGUUUCAUUUUUUUUUUUUUUUCAAUCUAUUUCUUUAAGGAAAGCCAUGUAAUUUUGGCUUUAUCAUUGUUGAAUAUCAUCAGUAGUUUUUAUAUUCAUAUAUUAUAUAAACCAAAUAUAUAUUUGUGUUGAUUCUA